UGUUGGUCUGGUGGUCCCAGAGUGAUCCCGGUGGCCAGUGGGGAAGACAAGGAGGGUUUGAGCAUGGCAGAAGGAGACACCCUGAUAUCAGUGGAUUACGAAAUUUUUGGGAAGGUGCAAGGGGUGUUUUUCCAUAAGCAUACUCAGGCUGAGGGUAAAAAGCUGGGAUUGGUAGGCUGGGUCCAGAACGCUGACCGGAGCACAGUGCAAGGACAAUUGCAAGGUCCCAUCUUCAAGGAGCAUCAUAUGCAGGAAUGGCUUGAAACAAGGGGAAGUCCCAAAUCACACAUCGACAAAGCAAACUUCAACAAUGAGAAAGUCAUCUUAAAGUUGGAUUACUCAGACUUCCAAAUUGUAAAAGAAUGGCCUGAAUUUAAGUUUUCUAAGAUAAACUCAGUUGUUUGGUUUUUCUUGUUAAUAGAGAUAGAACUAUUGUGUGUUAAUAUUAGUAUUAGUCAAUAAGUUAUUUUAGUGUCAGAUAUUUGAAUGUUAUUAUAUAUUACCUGUAUGAUGGAAGGAUUACAGCUGUACACAAAUCUAAUCAACAAAAACGUUAGAACC